AUGGCCGCCCUCCCCGUCGCCGAGUCUCUCACCCUCUCCGCCACCCUCUUCCACGCCGACGUCGACUCGUGGCUCCCGGCCUCCUUUGGCGUCUCGCGCCCCGACGCGGACAAGGCAAAGGACUGGGAGGCCGCCCUCCGCCAGACCGCGCGCGACAGGCUCGGCCUGGGCCACCCGGACCUCACAGACCCGCUUGCACGCGCGCGCGCAGCCACCCAGCGCGCCGGUAUUGAGACGUUGCGCAAGCUCAAGGGCAGGGAGAAGAAGGGCGACGACAGCGACCUCGCACCCACCCCCGGUCCUGGGUCGUCCUCGCGCACCGCGGGCCGCGGCGGCCGCGACGACAGCGACGACGACGAGAGCCGUACGCGCUCCGUGUCCAAGAAGAAGACAAAGACAAAGGACGCGUUUGCGUCAAAGGGCAAGAAUGCAGUCCACCCGUUGCUCAACCUCCGCAACCCCAUUCCCGGCUACGUGCCGCCUGUGGGAGGCCAGCAGGCCCAGGCCGAGGCGGUUCCCAAGGCGCCUGCAACAACAGCUACCGUCCCCGCCCUAGUGGUUACCGGCAUCAAGCGUGCGCGCGAGGACGACGAGGACGCAGACGGAGACGGAGACGACAAGGCAGAAGGCGACGAGGGAGGCGACGAUGCCGCUCAGUCAAAGGCGGCAGCUAGGCGCGAGAAGCGCAAGCGCGCCAAGGCCAGGAAGGCCGAGGCUGCUCGUGCGGCUGUUGCCUAG